CAAAUAUUUAGAAGACAAAAUUGCAAAGCUGCAGCGGGAGAGCAAGCGACAAAAAGUUCCAUUCAGCACCUUACAUAUACGAAUGUAAGCCUGCGCAUAGAGAGGAACGAAUCCUACCAGGCCAUGGGGCGCUUCCUAGACGCAAGUUCCACCUACAAUAGGACGAGCUGGAUGGCGGCGUCGCAGUUCAAGGUGAAAGCGGCGGACUACAACAAGGAGUCCAUCCUGGGAGAGGGGAGCUUUGGGACGGUGUACAAGUCAUCUGCAUCACUGGAUCCAGCUGCAUGUGUUUACGCUCUCAAGGAAUUCAAGAGAGGACUCGCCACAGCUCAUCAAGAACUACGUUCUUUGAUCACCCUGGGGCAAAAUCGCAGAAUCCAGCAGCUCAAUGGGUUUGACCUUACAAGGAUAGGCCUGUGAUCAUAACACAUCUCAUAACAUCAGCCAUCUUCCCAUCA